GGUCGGCGAAGAUGGUACAUGGGAUCAAGUGCCACAAAUUUUAACCAAAUCGAAUGCUACUUCAUAUCAAGUUACUGGACUCAUACCAUUCACCGUUUAUAGCUUUCGCUUGUUGGCUGUGAACAAAUUGGGUAUCAGUCCACCGUCCAAGGAAUCUUACUACAUUGUUACACUGCGAGAGGCACCAACUGGCAAGCCAAUACCCACCACCGCACACAACACCUCGUCCACGUCCGUGUACAUAUCGUGGAAAGCACCGCCGCCGGAUACCAUACUUGGAGAAUUUCUUGGUUAUCGGAUAACGUAUCGGCCGCGAGAUCGAAAUGAUACCAAGGAGAUUUACAUACGCGACAGCACCGUUGAGAGUCAUGAAAUUACAAAUUUGGAGACCUAUACACAGUACAAAGUAACCGUGCAAGUUUUCAAUCCUGAAGGCUUGGGUCCCGAGACCACCAUACUGGUUAUGACCGAUGAAGGAGUGCCAAGUAAACCACUGAAUUUAACCGUCUUGAAUGUGACAUCGUCCAGCAUAACCAUGUCAUGGUAUCCACCGAAAAAUCAAAAUGGUGCCAUUGCUGGCUAUCACGUCUUUCACAUACAUGAGAAUCAGACUGGUGUAGAAAUUAUGAAGAAUUCACGCAACUCGCUGGAUACCAUCAUCAUAUUUGAGCUGCCAAAUUUAAAGCCUUUCACCGAUUAUCGUGUCAUUGUCCAAGCAUUCACCAUGAAAAACGAAGGCAACCCCUCCGAUCAAAUUGUACAGCGCACCGAUGUAGCCGGACCGAACGCACCGUAUGUGGUUAACCUGACGUGUCACUCGCAGGAUGCUAUCGCCAUACGGUGGCGGCGACCACACGAAUUUUACAACACCAUUGAUUUUUAUAUAAUUAAAACACGCGUGGUGGGCCAGGACUCACACCGAGACAUUCGCAUUAAUGCAUCGGCAAAAGAGUUGGAAACGGCGAUGAUAUUACAAAAUCUAACAACUCAUACAGAAUAUGAAGUCAAAGUUGCAGCUGCGACUUUAAGCAUAAUAAAUCCAAAGAAAAUCGUAUUGGGUAAAUUUUCCGAAACUAGAAAGAUUUCUCUACAUCCCAAUUGUGAAAAGAUUCAACCGCUGUUACGUCAAUCGCACAAUGACUAUAAUUUGGCUGUUUUGGUUGGCAUCAUCUUCAGCUGUUUCGGCAUUGUACUCAUCGUUAUGGCGUUUUUUUUAUGGAGCAGGAAAUGCUUUCAUGCUGCCUACUACUAUUUAGACGAUCCACCACAUCAUCCAAAUUUGCCACAAGUCGACUGGGAAGCACCCGUCGAAGUAGCUGGCGAAAUACGCGCCGCCGUACCAGUCAAUGAGUUCGCCAAACAUGUUGCCUCCUUGCAUGCUGAUGGCGAUAUUGGUUUCAGUCGCGAGUAUGAAGCUAUUCAAAACGAAUCAAUCGAUGAUUUACCCUGCGAACAUUCCCAGCACCCAGAGAAUAAGCGCAAAAAUCGCUAUCUCAAUAUCACAGCCUAUGAUCACAGCCGCGUACAUUUGCAUCCCACACCGGGACAAAAGAAGAACCUCGACUACAUUAAUGCCAAUUUCAUUGAUGGCUAUCAGAAAUCGCGCGCCUUCGUCGGCACGCAAGGUCCACUGCCAGACACCUUCGAUUGCUUCUGGCGCAUGAUUUGGGAGCAACGCGUGUCUAUAAUUGUGAUGAUUACGAAUUUGGUGGAACGCGGUCGACGGAAAUGCGAUAUGUAUUGGCCAAAAGAUGGCGUCGAAACGUAUGGGGUAAUACAAGUGAAAAUGGUCGAUGAGGAAGUAAUGUCCACCUACACAGUGCGCACACUGCAAAUCAAGCACUUGAAGGUAAAACAGCUAAAGAAAAAGAAGCAGUGUCAGACUGAGAAGAUUGUAUAUCAAUAUCACUACACCAAUUGGCCGGAUCAUGGUACACCCGAUCAUCCUCUGCCGGUGUUGGACUUUGUGAAGAAGUCCUCAGCAGCUAAUCCCGACGAUGCGGGCCCCAUUGUGGUGCACUGCAGCGCCGGCGUUGGACGCACAGGCACCUAUAUCGUGCUAGAUGCCAUGCUCAAGCAGAUCCAACAGAAAUUGGUCGUAAACGUAUUCGGUUUCCUACGACACAUACGCAUUCAGCGUAAUUUCCUCGUACAGACCGAGGAGCAGUACAUUUUCAUACACGACGCCUUGGUCGAAGCGAUCGCCUCGGGCGAAACGAAUUUGCGCACCGAACAAAUUGAGGAACUGAAGAACUGCACACCCUAUCUGGAGCAGCAGUACAAGAAUAUUAUACAAUUCCAAACGAAAGACAUACAUAUUGCAUCUGCAAUGAAGCAGGUGAAUUCGGUGAAGAAUCGUGGUGCCAUAUUUCCGAUUGAGAGCAGUCGCGUACACUUGACACCCAAGCCGGGUGAGGAGGGUAGCGACUACAUAAAUGCGUCGUGGUUGCAUGGCUUUCGACGAUUGCGGGACUUUAUUGUCACCCAGCAUCCGAUGUCGCACACCGUGAAAGACUUCUGGCAAAUGGUUUGGGACCAUAAUGCGCAGACCAUUGUGCUGCUGUCGUCGCUGGACGAAAUUAAUUUCGCACAAUUUUGGCCAGAUGACUCGACACCCAUCGAAAGCGAUUACUAUCGCGUCAAAUUCCUACGUAAAACGAACAAAAGCGAUUAUGUUAGUCGUGAUUUUGUCAUUCAAUCGAUACAGGACGAUUACGAGCUAAAUGUGAAAAUGCUACAUUGUCCCAGUUGGCCGGAGAUGUCCAAUCCAAAGAGUAUUUACGAUUUUAUUGUCGACGUGCACGAGCGAUGCGCUGAUUAUCGCAAUGGACCAAUUGUCGUUGUGGAUAGAUACGGCGGUGCCCAAGCAUGCACCUUCUGUGCCAUAUCGUCAUUGGCGAUGGAAAUGGAGUACUGCAACACGGCGAGCAUCUAUCAGUACGCCAAGCUGUAUCACAAUAAACGUCCGGGCGUCUGGACCUCCAGCGAAGAUAUACGUCUGAUCUAUAAUAUACUCUCGUUUUUGCCGCGCAACCUGCAGCUACUCGAACGCACAGCGUUGCGCACCGAAUUCGAGGAUGUGACAACGGCGACACCGGAUCUCUACAGUAAAAUCUGUAGCAAUGGUAAUAUAAAUGCGCAGCAAAAUUGUAAUAAUUUAGUAAAUCACAAUAAUAGUAGUAGCGUAAAUAGUAAUAGUAUUAGUAGUACAAAUGUGGCAAAUGUAAAUGCAAAUUCAAAUGCAAACGCUUGCAACAAUACCAACAACACCACAAACAAUUUGAAUACAAAUAAUACAACAACGACAGCUACUGCUACUUUUGCGAAAACAACAACGACACCACCAACGAUGACACCCAAUUCGAGUGCAAACAAUUUACAAUAUCAGCCACAGUUAUCGCUAGAACAACAACAACAACAACAAUAUGUAUCACAACAAUCACAGUCACAGUCGCUCACAACAGCCCAGUCAGCGCCACCACCACCGCCAUCAAUUCGUUACACACCACCACCACCACCACCACCACCACCAUUAAAUUCACAGACAACAACACCGACAACACCAUCACCAACGUCACCUCAGCUAUCAUCAGCCAUAUUUGCAUCGCCAAAUCAAACAACAGCAACGCUCGAUUUGACCACAAUGACGACAACCACCAACAACACUAACAAUUGUAAUGCUAAUCGAAUUGGUAAUGCUAAUCAAAUUGGAAAUUUCGCUAAUGCUAAUACUACUACUAAUGCUACCAACACUACUGCUACUACCACCACAAAUACCUCAAACAAUCACACUUCUGCAAUACCUCAUUCCACAUCCAACAUCCACAUGAACUCCAAUCCAAUUAACAACUAUGAACCAACAACACCACCACCACCAACCACAACAACAACAACUACACCCAAUUCCAUUUCUGCUAUUUCCACUAAUGGUGAACGGUUUUCUAUUGUAAAUAAUAUGCACCUUCACAACCAACAACAACAACAACAACUACAACUACAACAAUCGCAACUGUCGUCUUUAACUGACGCUAUGGCCGAUCUUUAUGUUUGUGGCGCGAAUGGCAUUAAUUGCUACCAAACACCGCCACCACCACCGCCGGCCUUCGAAAAUGAUGCCACUACGGUUGAAUCCCACCUACGCCACCACCAUCAACUCAUGGAUCCGAUUAAUUCCAACGCUGGCGGCAUUUCGCCCAUCUCUGUCAUCGGCCUGGAUGAUGCGAUUGAUGGCCUGACACCACUACUACCCCCGCCACCGCCACAAUUCCCCGACUCCUAUGCGAAUAAUACUUGCAACAUGGGCGAUGUGACCGCUGCCACACCAUUAACCAAAUCCUCCUCCAAUAAUUCUUUGUCGCCGGCAACCACCACUGCUAACUACAAUGGUAAUGGUAAUGCCAAUAAUAAUGUGCAUGGAAAUGGUAACGGUUUAUUAAAUGCCAAUACUAAUACGAUACCAAUGACAACAACAACAUUGACAACCACUAAAGCAGCGACUGUUACAGAUGCUCAAAGUCUAGAUAUCGUAGGUUAGAAUUAAAAAUUUAAAUUAAAAUUAAAAAAAUUAAAACAAAAUAUAUAUAUAAAUAUUUAAUAGCUGUAGCUAAGUACAUAGUUAUGUAAGUAAAAAGUGAAAUUUAUAAACAUAAAUAGACUAACAAAUGAUUUUUAUCAUAUACAUAUGUACGUACACAACACAAAACAGGAAGAGCAAAGUAUGAAAAAAAAACCGAAUGCUCGCAAAUGCACACUUUUUUUUUAAGAAAAUAUGUGUGGAAAAAGUGGUAAAAUGGUAGUAAUCUAUGUCAGCAAUUACAUUAGGUAGUUGAGCAAGAUUUUGCUAACAAAUAUUUAUUUUACAUAUUUUUAAGAUAUUCUGUUAAUAUUUAAGUGGACUGUAAGUUAUAAGAAUUUUUGUUUUUGCUUUAAAAAAUAAAUAUGUAUUAUGUCGAUAAAAACUAUUUAUUAUAUUUUACUGCUAACACUUAUGUCUACUAUAGAUACUUUCAUUUAUGUAAUAUAAAGGGUAUCCUUCAAUUUUUAAAACGUCUUUACGUCUCCCUAGAAGUUGGUUUGUUUAAUCGAAACAAUUUUGUGAACGCCCAAUUUUUUAAACUGUGUUAUUCACAUAAAUAAAUGUAUGACUUAUUUGUUAUAACAUGUACCAUAUGCUUUACACUUACAUACAAAUAUACAAACGAUAUAAUAUUAAGUUACCACAACAAUUUUGUAUUACCAAUGGAACUACCCUGUAUUUCCGUGCACGUUCAGUCUUAAUCUUAUGAGCACAUGUAUACCAAGAAAAAAUAUAUGGAAACACAAAAAAAAAAAAAAAAGAAUACAAAAAUAUUUAAAUGUUCUAUGUAUGUACAUCACAAGCGCGUUUUAACGCCCAUUCAUUGUAUAGUCAUAAAUCACAAAAUUCACAAAAUCGUAAGAAAACUCAUCUCAUAUGUUAAAUAUAUACAUUAGUACAUACAUAAUUGCAUAAGUGAAAAUACAAAGUAAAAACAGAAUUAUCACAAAAAUGCAAAAGCACCUUAUUGAUUUCUGCGUGUAAAAGUAUGUACAUAUACUCGUAAGUAACUACGAAAUACCUAUAUUUUUUUAGGUCAGUUCUUUUAUCUUUCGUCAACUGAUUUUAGUAGCAUGAAAAUGAAGUCUCGAAGUGUUGCUGGUAUGUGAGAUGUUUUUUUUAUUAAAAAAAAAGCCUUCUUAAAGACGGGAAAAAACAUUUUAACUAGCUAAAUAAAGUCAUAUAUAUUAAGCGCCCGGUUUGAAGAAAAAAGUGAGGUUAUAAGUAAGUUUGAAACGGCAGGUUGUGUAAUAAUGUAGGCUUUUUGCAAACAAUUUAAUUACGAUAAAUUUUGUUUACAUUAGAGCGGGUCGGUACCCAUGCAAAUAAAGUUUGUGAUUACUGUCCGUGGUACUUGGGGAGUAUUCUGGCGUCAUUUAAAAUUUCGUUCGUUACACGUUCCUUCAACAUCCAAAAUCGAGUUUUCUUCAUACAAAUGUAGCUUUUGUAUUUUUGAAACCUAUCCAUUUCUUAGAGAUCAAGGAAAAUUCAUCACUUACUAAAUUUUUUUUUUUAUUUUAUGUUACCUAAAGCUGAUUUUCGACGGGUAGAUGUUAAGAUAUCUAAGAAGGAGGAAAUUUCGGUCGCUAUCAGGGGCGGACCCAAAAAAAAAUAUUUAUUAU